AGCCUGCCGCUGCCGCUGCUUCAGCACUAGCUCUCGGACAGCGGCGCCGCCCACGGGCAUGGACGGUGGCAGCAGCCGCAGCAGCUGCAGCAGUCGGUCUCCCAGCCCGUGUCCGAAAAAGGAGCAGAGGCCCGAAGGGGAUUCCGUAUCCCCGAACGGCAGCUCCUCGGACAGGUCCCAAACCAAGGCCAUGGCGCCUGAGGCUAGCCCAGAGAGGAGCUGCUCCCUCCACAGCUGUCCCCUUGAGGACCCUUCCAGCUCUUCUGGACCCCCACCACCAACUUCCACUCUUCAGGCUCUAGACCCGACGGGUGCCUUAGCCCCUGGUCAUUUUACCUAUUCGCGGCAACCGCAAGAAUAUCAAGAAGGCAGUUCUCUAUUAGGGCCUGGAGACCAGGCAGCUUUAUGCUCCCAUAGCUCCAACAUCAAUACUUCUCCAAUCUCCUCACAGCGUGAUGGGGUCUGGAAGCCACCUUCUGUGCAACAGCAUGUGGUCAGCGUCAGGCAGGAACGGACCUUCCGGAUGCCAAAGAGCUAUUCCCAGCUGAUUGCUGAGUGGCCAGUGGUCGUGCUGCUGGUGUGUUUAGCUGUCAUCCUCCUCUGCACCCUGGCUGGACUACUGGGAAGCCAGCUGCCUGACUUCUCGAACCCUUUACUGGGCUUUGAGCCUCGGGAUACAGACGUUGGGCGAAAGCUGGAGGUGUGGAAAGCACUGCAGGCCCUCACAGGCCCCAGGAACCUACUUUCCCUUUCCCCAGACCUUGAUCUGAACAGCUUGAACUCCCACAGCACUUUGAAUCCUGUACACUGGGAUAAGGCUCAGGAGAGUGUGGUCCGGGCCCGGAGAAUGGUGGAGCCCCCUGAGGACAGAGGGCAGGAGAACUUCUUCUGUGGCCCCCCUGAGAAGAGCAACGCAAAGCUGGUGUUCAUGUCCACCACAGUGGGCAGUCUAUGGAACCUGCAUGCCAUCCAUUCUAUGUGUCGCAUGGAACAGGAGCAGAUCCGCUCCCAUCCCAGCUUUGGGGCUCUAUGUCAGCGUACAGCAACCAACCAGUGCUGUCCCAGCUGGUCACUGGGCAACUAUCUUGCUAUGCUCUCCAACCGCUCCUCCUGCCUGGACACUACCCAAGCUGAUGCAGCACGCAUACUGGCCCUGCUACGGGCCUGUGCCCCCUAUUACCAUCGUGGUAUCCUGGAGCCCUCUUGUCUGGGACCUGAGCAUGACAAAUCCCCACACUGUGCCCAGAUUCCCACCAAGUGCUCCCAGAGCAGUGCCAUUUACCAGCUCCUUCACUUUCUGCUAGAUAGGGAUUUUCUGAGUCCCCAGACUGCUGACUACCAGGUUCCCUCCCUCAAGUAUAGCCUGCUCUUCCUGCCCAUCCUAAAGGGUGCCUCCAUGAUGGACAUUUACCUAGAUGGCCUAGUCAACCCCAUGGAUGUCUCUGACAACUAUACCUCCAUUACUGGCAUGGACCUGGGCAUCAAGCAGGAGCUGCUGAAGCACUAUCUGGCCCUGGAUACGGUGUACCCCUUGCUGGCCCUGGUUGCCAUCUUCUUCAGCAUUGCCCUCUACCUGCGCUCACUCUUCAUCACGCUCAUGGUUAUGCUGGGGGUGCUGGGCUCCCUACUGGUGGCCUUCUUUCUAUAUCAUGUGGCCUUCCGCAUGGCCUACUUCCCUUUUGUCAAUCUGGCAGCCCUCAUCCUGCUUAGCGGUGUCUGCGUCAACCACACACUCAUCUUCUUCGACCUAUGGCGCCUCAGCAAAAGCCAGGUGCCCUCUGGGGGUCUGGCGCAGCGAGUGGGCCGCACGAUGCACCACUUCGGCUACCUGCUGCUGGUCUCGGGCCUCACCACCAGCGCGGCUUUCUAUGGCAGCUACCUGAGCCGCUUGCCGGCGGUGCGCUGCUUCGCCCUCUUCAUGGGCACCGCUGUGCUAGUGCACAUGGCGCUCACACUGGUCUGGCUGCCUGCCUCUGCGGUACUCCAUGAGCGCUACCUGGCGCGCGGCUGUGUGCCUCGGGCGCAAGGCCCGAGGGGCGGUAGUGACCCCUGGCGGCUGUUGCUAGCGUUGCACCGGCGGUUCCGUGGCUUUCGGAGGGCCAUUGCCAUCCUCUCGCGCCUGCUCUUUCAGCGUCUGCUGCCCUGUGGCGUCAUCAAGUUCCGCUACAUCUGGAUCUGCUGGUUCGCGGCGCUGGCUGCAGGGGGCGCCUACAUUGGCGGCGUAAGUCCCCGCCUGCAGCUCCCCAUUCUGCUGCCAGCUGGAGGUCAGGUGUUCAGGCCUAGUCACCCCUUCGAGCGCUUUGACGCAGAGUAUCAGCAGCAGUUUCUGUUUGAACACCUGCCUCCGGAAGAGGGCGGACAAUUGCCUGUGGUUUUGGUGUGGGGAAUCCUGCCGGUGGACACUAGCGACCCCUUGGACCCUCGCAGCAACAGCUCAUUAGUGACCGACCCUGACUUCUCAGCCAGCAGCCCAGAAGCCCAGCGCUGGCUUCUGGCACUCUGUCACCGAGUCCGCAACCAGAGCUUCUUUGGUAUCCAGCCAGAGGGCUGGCCCACGCUGUGUUUCAUGGAGGCCCUCCAGCACUGGGUAGAGAGCCCGGCUUGUGCCCGCCUAGGGCCUAAUGUCUGCUGUGGCCAGUCAGACUUUCCCUGGGCCCCUCAGCUUUUCUUGCACUGCCUCAAGAUGAUGGCUCAGGAGCAAAGCCCCGAUGGCACCCGUGACCUGGGACUCCGUUUUGACGCCCAUGGCAACCUGGCUGCCCUGGUCCUGCAGUUCCAGAGCAACUUCCCGUACAGUCCAGACUACAACCAGGUCCACCACUUCUACACUGAGAUCAGCCGCUGGCUGGCAGCAGAGCUGGGCAGGGCACCUUCUGGCCUGCGCCGUGGUUGGUUCACCAGCCGCCUAGAGCUGUACAGCCUGCAGCACAGUCUGAGCACUGAGCCUGCUGUGGUGCUGGGCCUGGCUCUGGCACUGGCCUUUGCCACACUGUUGCUGGGCACCUGGAAUGUUCCACUUAGCCUGUUCUCCGUGGCAGCUGUGGCAGGCACUGUUCUACUCACGGUAGGACUUCUGGUUCUACUUGAGUGGCAGCUCAACACUGCUGAGUCCCUCUUUCUCUCUGCCUCUGUGGGUCUCUCAGUAGACUUCACUAUCAACUAUUGCAUCUCCUAUCACCUGUGCCCACACCCUGACCGCUUGAGCCGCGUGGCCUUCUCGCUGCGCCAGACCAGCCGUGCCACAGCAGUGGGAACUGCAGCCCUGUUUGCAUCUGGCGUGCUCAUGCUACCUGCCACAGUGCUGCUCUAUCGUAAGCUGGGCAUCAUCAUCAUGAUGGUCAAGUUCGUCAGCUGUGGCUUUGCCAGCUUCUUCUUCCAAUCUCUGUGCUGCUUCUUUGGGCCAGAGAAGAACUGUGGACAGAUCCUCUGGCCCUGUGCCCACCUGCCAUGGGACGCUGGAAGUGGGGACCCUGAUGAGGAAAAGACACGACCAAUAGGAGGGAUACCUGGAUCCUGCUCUGAGCAUUAUGAGCUUCAACCCCUGGCACGGCGCCGGAGCCCCAGCUUUGACACUAGCACAGCCACCAGCAAGCUAUCCCACCGGCCCUCGGUACUCUCAGAGGAUCUGCAGCUUCAUGACGGCAACUGCUGCUCUGGAAUUCCACUAGACCCUGGCUCUCCGAGGGAUCUGCUGCUGGACCACCAGGCAGUCUUCAGUCAGUGCCCAGCCCUGCAGACCUCCUCCCCCUAUAAACAAGCUGGCUCCAGCCCCAAAAUUGGGGCCAGGCAGGAUUCCCAAGGGCAGAAGGUUGAGCCCCUGCAGGCCUCACUGGAAACCCCGGCUCACUCCCCAAGGCUCAAGGCUGAAGAUCUUCCUGAUGGCUUUUGCUCCUCAACCAGCACCCUAGAGGGGCUAAGCGUCUCAGAUGACACCUGCCUAAGCACCUCUGAGCCCAGUGCCCGUGUACCAGAUUCCAUGGGUAUCUCUCCAGAAGACCUAGAUGACAUUGACCAGCCAAUACUUGAGCGGGGCCAGCUGAAUGGGAAGCGUGACACUCUGUGGCUGGCACUGAAGGAGACGGUGUAUGACCCAUCACUGCCCAACUCCUACCAGAGCAGCUCCUCCUGGAAGGGCCGCGGUGGGCCAGGGGAUGGCAGCCCUGUGAUGCUGCCCAACAGCCAGCCAGAUCUGCCAGAUGUUUGGCUCCGCAGGCCCAGUACCCACACUUCAGGCUACAGCAGCUAA